AGUCCUCAGGGGAGGCCGGGCGCGGGCGCCCAAGGCCCGUUUCCGGUGUCAUCGCGCGGGCGAAACUCGGGCGGUCCUCUGGGAGGGACUCUCUUGGCCAGGACGUGUGGAUGCCCACCACCCACAAGCCUCAUGGUAGGAAGCCCGACGACAGCUCCAUGCCCUCGUUUGCCCCAUGAGGGCCUCAACCUCCAUCUUCGCUGCUGGGCCCUGGGCCCAGUCCCUGCUUGACCCUCACCUAGGCAUGCCCCUUUUGUUCCCACCCCCAAGAUAGACAAACUGCUGCCCAGACCUGGGCCCGACUGAGGCUCAGAGGGGAGAGGGUGUGUGCCAUUGCUGUGGUCUGGGUCCUUAUGGUUCUGUCAGGCUGCCCCUCCCCCUGGGUUUUAGAGCCACAGGGGCCUUGAUGACCACCUGCCCAACCCCAUGGUGCCCCUGCCAGAGACAGGCCAUGAGGCGGUGCCAGGGUGGGGUGGCACCCAGGCCUUCCUGGGGCACUGUGUGUGUGUUUUCAGGAAACGGUGACAUUUGGUGACGUGGCUGUACACUUCUCACGGGAGGAGUGGCAGUGUCUGGACCCGGGCCAGAGAGCGCUCUACAGGGAGGUGAUGCUGGAGAACCACAGCAGUGUGGCUGGACUCGGAGCCCUGAUGGUGCAGUGGUUAACACGCUUGGCUGCUAACUGAAAGCAGGAGUCCUGGUCUUCAAGCCUGAGCUUAUAUCCCGUCUGGAGCAGGGGCAGGAGCCAUGGGUGCUGGACCUGCAGGGAUCGGAGGGCAGAGAGACACCAAGGACCUCCCAGACAGAGUCUACUAUUAGGACUGAUAAUGAGCAGGCUUGUGAGGAAAUGGAUAUUCUGAAAUCAGAAUUAAAUGGAAUGAGGAUCAAAAUCCCCCCACAGGAUAUUCCUCCAAGUCCUGGCUUUGCAGACUCUUCAGAUUCUGAGGUCUGGCUAGAGAAUAGUCAGAGCAGACCUCCUAGGCUGACGGUGAUGAACUCCCUCUUCCAGAAAAACUGUUUAAAUAAAGGGACCGUGACGCUCAAGAAGACCUUCACCCAGAAGUCCCAGGAAUGUAAUGAGGUGGGGAACAGUGGCAGCCUGGACUGUAAACUUAAUGAGAAUCAGAGAGAUACUGCUGAAGAGAUAGUAGAGAGAUGUGAUGGGUGUGGCAGAAGUUUCAGAUCCAUUUCAGACAUUCCUGUACGCUGGGAAGUUAACAAGCAAAAGAAACUUAACAGAUGUCAGGAAUGCCAAAAAAAAUUAUCUCAUUGCUUACAGGGGAAACAUCAAAAUAAUUGCCAAGGAGAGAAACAGUAUGAAUGUGAGGAAUGUGGAAAAGUCUUCAGGUUGUGUUCACAGCUUAAUCAGCAUCAGAGAAUCCACACUGGAGAGAAACCAUUUAAGUGCACUGAGUGUGGAAAAGCCUUCCGCCUGAGCUCCAAACUUAUUCAGCAUCAGAGAGUUCACACUGGAGAGAAACCCUACAGGUGUGAGGAGUGUGGAAAAGCCUUUGGUCAGAGCUCAAGCCUCAUCCACCAUCAGAGAAUUCACACAGGAGAGAGGCCCUAUGGUUGUCAUGAAUGUGGGAAAGCCUUCAGUCAGCAGUCCCAGCUGAUCAGACAUCAGAGGACUCAUACUGGAGAGAGGCCCUACAUGUGUAAGGAAUGUGGGAAGGCCUUCAGCCAGAGCUCAACUCUAGCUCAGCAUCAGAGAAUGCACACUGGGGAGAAAUCUCAAAUCUCGAGAACCUUGGAUAAUCCAAGCCUUACUUCACAUCAAAGAGUUCACACUGUAGAGAAACCAUUUAAAUGUGAUGAAUGUGGGAAAGCUUUUAGGUGGAUCUCUCGCCUUAGUCAGCAUCAGUUAAUCCAUACUGGAGAGAAACCUUAUAAAUGUAACAAAUGUACAAAAGCCUUUGGUUGUAGCUCACGGCUUAUUCGCCAUCAGCGAACUCACACUGGAGAAAAGCCAUUUAAGUGCGAUGAAUGUGGGAAGGGCUUUGUCCAGGGCUCACAUCUUAUUCAGCAUCAGAGAAUUCACACCGGCGAGAAACCUUAUGCAUGUCAUGACUGUGGCAAAGCCUUUAGUCAGAGCUCAAGCCUUAUUUACCACCAGAGAAUCCAUAAGGGAGAGAAACCCUAUGAAUGCCUCGAAUGUGGAAAAGCCUUCAGUAUGAGCACACAACUUACGAUUCAUCAAAGGAUUCACACCGGAGAGAGGCCCUACAAGUGUAAUGAAUGUGGGAAAGCCUUCAGUCAAAAUUCAACCCUUUUCCAGCACCAGAUAAUUCAUGCUGGAGUGAAGCCAUAUGAAUGUAGUGAAUGUGGGAAGGCAUUUAGUCGCAGUUCAUAUCUUAUUGAACACCAGAGAAUUCACACAAGAGCCCAGUGGUAUUAUGAAUAUGGGAAUGCCCUGGAAGGUUCAACCUUUGUGAGCCGUAAAAAAGUUAAUACUAUAAAGAAACUACAUAAAUGUAAUGAAUGUGAGAAAAUAUUCAGGUGGCGCUCACACCUAAUUAUACACCAGAGAAUUCACACUGGAGAGAAACCUUAUAAGUGUAAUGAGUGUGGGAAAGCUUUUAAUCGCAGCUCAAGACUCACUCACCAUCAGAAAAGUCAUAUGGGGUAGACCAUUUACAUUUAUAAUGUGAAUAAACCUACAGCCUUAAGUCACUUCAUAUGGGUUAUUUAUACUGUCAACAAUUUAGAAUGUUGAGAAAGAUUUAAUUGUUCUCAAGAAAGAGAACAUCCAAAUUCGUACAAAAUGUAUGUUAUUUGCUGGUAUGUCUGAUCUUAUUUAAUUCAAUAAAGCCUGUGUCCCUCACAUUCAAGGUGCACAUCUGUAGAGUUUCGAGUUCAUAGACGAUUCCAGGUCCCUGAGUAUGGGAAAGCUGUGUACAAAACACCAUUUGAGCUCUGCCAAACUGAGUAGGUGAAAAAAGUUACUCUAAAUGUUUUCCUUUUAGGAUCAGUUACUCAAAAGUGGUUUAAGCAAUAAAGAAAUUGAUUAGCUCUCAUGAGAUAAAGUCCAGAAGAACACUACCUAGGCUUCCUUUCUCCUAACUUCUUCACUUGACUCCUUUUCUUUAAAACUCCCCACACAUUGGAGCAACCCAGGGAUCCAGCCCCUUCCUCUUCAGAGGCAGGGCUGGGCUGGCAAAGUACCCAUUACUUUUGUGGGUAUCAUUCACAGAGCACAGAUUUUGUGCCAGCACUCCAAAAACAGCCCUGGUGUCAUGACAGGGGUUUUUGGAGUCACACCUGGGGACCAUGGAUUUACUGUUUGAUCCUGAGACAUCACCUGCCCUCCCUGAAAUUCAGAGUCUAUUUCCUUAUCUGAAAAUAUGCAGCAUUAGAGGGUAGUUAAAAGGAUUAAACAAUGCACAAGAACACCUUUCACUGUGCCUGGCAGAAAAUAAGCACUGGUUAAAUUCUCUUACCCUACUUGGCCAACAAUCCCAGAGCCAAGACUUCUUAAACCAGCAUUCCCAGCCAUGCUUCACCUUGUCGACACCAACCACGUGGGCUAGAUGACCUGUCUCGCAUUGGCCCAGCUCUCCACUUUACAGAAGAUGCCAGCCAGAGCUUAGGACAUGUGUUUAUUGCUGCAUAACAAAUGACCUCAAAACCUGCCUUAAAACAACUGUCGAGAACUGAAGGGUCUGAGAUUUUACCCUUCUACAUGCUAUCAAGUUAAUGGAUGUGGCAAAGGAUACCAGAUUCUUCACAGCAGAAGCUGUAGUCAGGUGUUAAUGUGACAUCCAUUCCCACAGCACCCACUGAGUCCCAUGGUUCUGUGCACACAGUGUGGGUGUCACAGCAGGGACCAUUAAGCUCAGGAACUUGCAGCUUUUAUAAUGAAUGGUAAGCAAGCUGCUCUGUCCUCUGGAGACAUUACCUCAUCCCUUGAGGUUGCUUGCUGUCAACACAAACUUGAGGCAAAUAACGGUAAGACCAUAUGGCAAGAACGUGCAGGUGAGUUUGGACCCAUGGCGCAGCGCCUCUCCCAGCAGCCUGCCCCUCAACCUGGUACAAUCUUGGAUGAAUUUGAAUUUUCACAUGAGUCUCCCCUCCACUGGCCACUCAUGUUAACCUAAUCUGAGGCGCUGGGACCAAAUCCAUUUGUCUGACACCUCCAGGACUGACCUGAAUCCUACCCCUGGGUCGUGGGCUUCCCAACUAUGAACAAGUCCAGGGGACUAGUAGGUCUUAUUUCAGACAGCCAGGAUGUGGCCCAAGGCCAGUCUAUUCUACACAAUGACUCGCACGAGAUCUUUGCACUCAUUGCCAAUAAUUGCCAUCGAGUUGGCUCUGGCACAUAGCAACCCUAUCUAUGUGUAGAACUUCCCAUAGGGUUUUCUUUAUGGUGGAACCCGUGGCACAGUGGAUAAGAGCUAUGGCUGUUAACCAAAAGGUUGGCAGUUCAAAUUCACCAGUCACUCCUUGGAAACCCUAUUGGGCAGUUCUACUCUGUCCUAAAGGGUUGUUACGGGUUGGAAUCAACUCAACUGCGAUGAGUGUUUCUUUUUAAAUAUCUUUAUGGGAGCAGACCACCAGGUGUUUUCUCCCAUGGAGCCAUUGAUGGGUUCAAACUGCCAACCUUUUGGUUAGCAGUCGAGUGCUUAACCAUUGUGCCACUAGGGCUCCUAGUACCAAUAAUCACAGGUGUAAUAAUUGUUUGAAAAGUUCUCCCAUCCCUAAUGGAGAGAGACUUUGUGGCCCAUCCCCCCACAUACAAACAUGUAACCUAAGGGGACACAGGUCGGUCACUCACACUGGGCACUGUCACCGUCAAAUUGCAGCUUCGAUUGGCAUGGAUGGCAUAACCUAGGGCAGUUUGGGCAUCAGAGGUGUGUAUGUUCAUAUCAGAUUUGAAGCAAGAUUGUGCUUGCCCGCGUUUGCACAUGUACUAGAGAAGUUCAAGUGCUGUCGGAAUAGUUCAGAACCACUCUUGUCCACGUGAGUUCUGUCCUUACAGCACAUGGAUGGAGAUGCUAAACCAGGUUAAUUGCCAGCCACUGCUGCUCAACCUGGGUACACUGUGUGAUUGGUUUGAUUGAUGGCAUGCCUAUAUUGACUGGGUGCAGUGCUAGAUCUAGAGCGUUGGCUGUCGGCUGUCGCUCUCCCCCCAACUGCACCUUCAGGGAUCUAAAGUGUUCCCUCCCCAGGUGCCAGGAUUGUCGUUCAGCCAAGAAUUAGUGUGCCCCAUUUCAGUUAGCUGUUACAUCACCUUUCCUCCUGCCUUCCCCAACUCACACUCAGACCUUUUGUCCAGAAGGGUCAGGUACGUGAGGAACAGGCAGUUUUGUAAGCUGUGAACCCCCCACCUUGGUAGUGUAGGCUACUGUGAAGCAAGUAACAUACUCAACCAAUCGGUCAUUACCUUUUUAUCUAGGACAGCUGGGCAAACUUUGUCUUUAAAGGGCCAUACAGUAAAUAGGUUUUGCAGGCCACCCAACAAUGGACAAUAGUCAAGGUACUCAAUGGCAUUGGGAUUGCUGAGUGUGGAGAGGACCAGAUUUCUGAUACCCUCCCUCACCUCCUCCUGGUCCACAUGCCUUAGUAAGGCAGUCUGGUCACUGAAUGUGGCUGUCCACAGAAAGUGGUCAUCUCCUCUCACCUACUUCCUGGGUCACCAUGAUCAGGCCAAAAGAGGUGGAAGGUGAUAUAGACUGUUUUGAAAAUUCUAGAUUCCGCCCUGGCAUGGUGCUUUUUUCUUUCCUGUAACAGCAAAUGCAGGGUGGACAAAAAGGGGCUGGCAAGAGUCACACUUAAUUCAUGUUCAGCACCUGGAUUCUCUUGUUAACAGUAACACGGUCCUUGAUCAGGGGCUGGCAAACUAUGGCUAGCGGGCCAAACCUGGUCUGCAGCCUGCUUUUGUAUGGCCUGAGGGCUAAGAAUGGUUUUUACAUUUUUAAAUAGUUGAAAAAUAAUAUUUUGUGACAUUCGAAAAUUAUAUGAAAUUCAAAUUUCAGUGUGCAUGAACUAAGUUUUAUUGGACCACAGACAUCCAUUUGUGUAUCUCCUCUGGCUGCUUUCGCAGUGUUCUCCAUUGCACUAGCCUGCCUCACCCUCGCGAGCUCUUGGAUGAAAACUUCAUGCCCUCAGCCUUUGAAGAAUUCCUUUUCCUCUGUGCACUUCUUAGUGGCUUGUUCACCUAAAUGUCCCAAUAAACUGAAGCAAGUCUCAAUCAACUGCGAAUGAGGCAGUUCGGUCAAUUCAAUAGAAUUAAAUCUAAGUCCUACAUUCUGGUCUGGCAGAAGUCAGGCCACAUGAUUCCAGCAUGAGUGUGGCAGGGGCUGUGCUGACAGGCAUCUGAGAGAUGGUACUGUUGCUUUCAAGGAGUGUGGCCUUGGACAAGCUACUUAAUCUCUCUGCUCAUCCAUAAAAUGAUAUGCACAAGCAAACACGUUCAAUGCAAACUGCUGCACAGCUCUGCCUCACAAGGUGCGUGCACUGCUUGGUUUGCCGCAUGGAAGAGGUGGUGGCUGGGGCUCUUAGAAGGCUGCCCAGGGGCAGUACAGAAAUACUCUGCUCUACUGUCAAGCUAUACAUCUAAUCUGGGGUUCCAUAAACAUCACAGUAAACUCAUUUUAAACACUUUCAGAAUUUUAUUUCAGACUAGAUUUUAAACAUUUUGGAUUUUUAUUUUGGAGACCAAUUAAUGAAAAUAAACCCACACUUUUGAUCUGAAAUUGUUAUCUCAGAUUAAUCUUUGUGAUGUUGAAUCUGAACUAUGUUAAGCUUUCUAAAAGCUUCACAAACAAAAUGGAGCCAAGCGAGGGUAGGCCUGGAUCCAGUCCCCAAUAUGGCAGCUUAUUCAAAGCCCCAGCGGUGUUUGCUGAGCAAAGCUAUAAUGCAUUGGGGUAGCAUCCAGGUAGAAGCUCACUGGCACAAAGAGUUCCCACAGAGAACUAAUACUAAGUAAAGCCAAGAGAAGUGAAAGGGGCGAUUUUCCAGACACAAGUGUCUGUCCCUCCUGCAAGGGGACAAAGGUGGAAUGACAGCCCCUGUAGUCUGGUGGUGGAGACUGACACCCACCGGAUGGACAGUCACGCUGCAUCCCAAGGGAAGUCCUGUGGGCUCAUGGGGAGGCCACCACCCAAGCUUGGGGUGAGGGAGGUGGACAGCUGGAGCAGGGCUCAGCAAACUCACUGGAGGCCCAAAUUCCAUGGCCACCUGGUUUCUAUCGUAAGGACUUAAAGCUAAGAAUGGUUUUUAAAUGGUUGGAAAAAAAGGCAUAUAAAAAUAUUUCACAACACAUGAAACUGAAAUUUCAGCAUCCCUAAAUAAAGCUUUAUUGGAAUGCAGCCACGCCCACUUGUGUACUUACUGUCUGUGGUGCUAUGGCUGUCCUGACAGGCAGAGCUAUACAAGGCACCAGGCUAGUAACUCAGGCUCUGCUUACAGGACAAAGGGGCCACCUGUAUGGCCCAGAAGGCAGAGGGGCCCACAAAGUCCUGUUCUCACAUACUGUUUGAAGCUUGUGACCUCUGAGCCUCAGUAUACCUAUGAAACGGAAAAACAACUUUUAUCUGUAAGGAUUACUGCAAGGCUUGAGGUCAUGUUUGCAAAUGACAACCCUGUCCUGCCCCCAGAGGAUACUCUUGGUGUGGGUGACAAUGACCCUGGUCCCUGAAGAAGGGGUUUACAUGUUUCUCACACACCCAAGACACAGCCUCCCCUCACUGCCACCAAGCCUGUGAUUUAAAGGGUGUUCCAGCUCCCACAGUCCACAGGGCUUCUUGGCAGCAGGGCGCAUUGUGAGAAACUUGGCCAGGAGGCCAUACAGAACAUGCCAGCCCGACCCCGCCCACUGACUGGCUGCACCAAUAACACUGCAUAACACACAGCCCAAAUCCCAGUGGCUCUCACCCCUAAGUGUCUGUGAGGAGGAUGACAUGGCUGCUGGUGGGCUUGGCUCCAAUGUAUCACCUCAUUCUGAGACCUGUAACUGCUCAGGACACAAGAGGGUAAGCAGGGAAGCCUUCCUUGGGGGCAGACACAAGGUCCCUUCAGCCCCAGUCAUCACAAAACACAGGACCACGCCCAAUGUCAAUGGCUGGAAGAGGGGAGGGAAGCCAGGUGGACAAACACCAGCUCCCCAUUAGCUGUGUGACACUGUCAAGUCCUACCGCUGAGCUUCACUGCCCUACCUGUAACGUGGGAGCCUUCUUGUGAGGACUAGUCCCUGCCUGUGGUCCCUCAGUGAGGAUGAGCUAUGUGGCCACAUCCUCACAGGCACACAGGUAAUGUCCAUGGCCAGUGUAUACUCAUGGCUGUAUUGCCAGGGCCUGGCACAGGCGGUGCUCGAGAAGCACCUACUGGUGAAUGAAAGAACCAGCCUAGUGGAGUCACAAUUCAGCAAGAGAAUCAAAGGCUUUAAAGUGUUCACACUCUAGUACCUCAUAAUCCCACUGUAAGUAGUUUUAAUAUGAGUACCAACAUCACUGGGUGAAUUUUAGUAACCAAAAAUCAACUGAAGAAACAUUUAGAAGUUCAUGAACAAGUGAAGGGUUAAGCAAAUUAGAGCACACCCACCUGGAUGGCACAUUUUGCAGCCAUUGAACACAACUGCUCUACUCAGGAAAAGUUACAUGAACAGAGCCCAGUUAACACAUGGACAUGCACACAGAUAUGCAGACUCAGACACACACAGCAUUAAGUAUACAGUCUAGGAAGAAACAGGUCAGAAUGUUUCCAGGUCUGUCUAUGGCAGGGGUUGUGUAAGGUUUGUGUGUGUUGGUGUGUGUACUUUGUUUUAGCUUUUCUCAAAUGUACCAUAAGUUGCCAGGAGUGGACUUGAGGACAACCUCCUCCUCCUCUGGAAAGCCCAGGUCCCCAAGUGCACACAGGGUGGGGGGCAGGCAGCAAGAGGCAGCCUGUGGGGAGCAAGGAGCUCACAAGAUGCCAAGCUUGUCAACAGAGGCAAGGUGGGCUCUAAAGCACAUCUGCUGUCAUCUGGGAAAUUCCUGCAUGCCGCGUACACCCCAUUUACUCACAUGAGACUUGGGUUCUCCACACAGAGCAAACAGAAAACAGACCAGAAGGGCAGGGAUAUUGCCAGGGGGAACAUGGUCCAACAGCAAAGGGGACUAGGCUCUGCAGAGAGCAGCACCCCAAGGCCCCGGCAGGGAGUGCAGUGAUGCUGAGGGUACAAAGCUGUCUGUGGCCUCUGCACACUCUCAUCCUAGAAGUACCGAGGAGGGCCCCUGCUCCCCUCUCUGAUGCCCACUGAGAAGGACAGGUGUUUUAUAGUUGCUUUA